AUGCCAGCGCUUAAAUUCCACCACCGCGCGGAAUCCAUCAACGCCGAGGACCACAAAAUCGGUCCUAUUCCCUUACCAUGGUUUAUUCCAAUGUGCAUUUUUGCGCCGUCUUUCCUCGCAUUUAUAGUAUGGGUAUUUUACCUGCAAACCGUGAAGCGAUAUCAAAACAAGAAGCAACUACAGGCGCAACAAGAGCAGGAGCGCAUGGCGAAGAAAGAGGUAGAGACGCAGAUGCAACAGUUCAUUGGGGCCAGCGCAGAUAGCGCAUAUAUUCGCGCACCAGAAAGAGCCGUGAGAAGAUAG